AAGUUAUGUUUUCCUGGCAAUGACGUGGUUGCAGAGUGUUGGUUGUAGGCUGUCUGAGGAUGAAAAGCUCUCUCUCUCUCUCUCUCACACACAGCUUAGCAGCCCAGCAGACAGAGCCAUCCGGCGCUCUUAAUCCCUUUCCACUGUGGCUCCGGCUCUCUCUGCCUGUGGUGGGGAUGGGUGGAAGGCUCCAAGGUGUAAAAUGUCGCUCCUUCUCAUUCUAGCUGCCUGUCAAUACCUGCGGAGAGGGACACUGAGCACGUUAAACCAACUUCGGCCCUCACUCUGUAACGUUGCUGCUCAAUUUCCUGCUGAGUUGCUGAUUUUGUUUUGGUGUUCUUGGAGCCCAGUGCCCCCGCUUUUCUUGUAGUACGACUGCUACCUGGGGCCACCUUAUCAAACCUGUGCAUACUGGGAGCUUGCUGAGGGGUUUUAUUCCCCUCCCCGGAGGAUAUUCUGGGAAUUGAGUCUAAUCUAAUUGCUGUGGUUUAGUAUCCCCUCAGUUGAAUGCUGGACAAUUUAAAGCCUUUGCUGCUGUUGACCUUUUUUUGCUUGAAAAAAAAAAUUCAGUUGCUGAGAUCUCGGUAUUCUGAUUUAGGAUUUAUCCGCCAGUGAAGCAGCAGUGUUAAGAACAGCCCUUUCCAAAUCUCCAGGCCCAGAAAAAUCAAACUGGACAAGCCAAGAUAGAAGAAGUAGAAGCACAAAAGGACUAAAACUCGGAGCUUUGAGAUCCCUAAGGACAUAUGGUCUUAGGACUCCAGGUUCCAGACCAGUCUUAAGAGAGAAGAAGCUCUUGGCUUUGUGGGCUUCGACAGCCCAAUGUGAGAGAGAGAUGGUCCCAAGUCGAGGGUCGCAUCCUGCAGCUAUCUAAGUAUUCCGGGAGAUUUGUAUUGGCAUGGCCGGGAUAGGAAGAAUCAUCAGAACAAGCUUUAAUGCUGGUGGUUGAUUAAAGAAACUCCGAAAACUGAGGAACACGCCAGGAGACAGUCACUCAGAGCUACUACUUGAUGAAAUGGGAAUAUGGAAACCCAUUGGAAGCUGAGAUCAACUGUGAACUGUGCUAGCAUGGAACUGAAUAUUGAAAUAGCACAUCAAUUGAAAGCUAUCGGAAAUGAAGCAUUUAAACGACGGCUUUACGUUAUUGCAAUCCAGAAAUAUGAUGAAGCUUUGAACAUUCUGCAUCAUUUGCAGCAAUGUGGGAGGGAAUUGGCUGUGCUAUAUUGCAACAGAUCGAAUGCCUUUUAUAACCUGGAAAUGUGGGAACAUGCUUAUGACUCUGCACGCUGUGCUACUACUAUGGACCGUACUUUUAUCAAGGGCUACUACUGGGCUGGCAAUGCCUUGCUGAAGAUGAACAAUGACAUUGGAGCAUAUCAGUUUUUCUGCGAAGGGCUACAUAUUCUGGACAUGGACCGAGAACAAUCUCAAAAUCAAAUUGCAGAUUUCAUAGUGGGAAUCCUGAUAGUUUAUGGGACUAACAGCAGCUGUCUUGAGGUCUUAAAAUGGAAAUGCUAUAAUUCCUCAAUUUGGCAAAUAGCUAUUGAAAAAGCUGCAAAAAAAAACUUAUGGGAGGCCCUUCACUUUGUCCUCUGUGAAUGGAAACCCAUCCCUGGAAUCCACUACAAUGCUGCACAAAUCUCGCUUAAGGAACUAUUUGCGUAUGGGCAUAGACCUACCCAUUGCAAAGGAUGGAUAACGUCGCUGUUGCGUACCUUAGUGUCUCAUGGUGCAAACCUUGAAAGCAUUGGACCAUUCCCACUUCAUUCCAUCCUCAAACUUGCUAUAAGGACCAAUGACAGAAAACUUCUUAAGUGGAUUUUUGUACAAAAGCCAUAUCUACAGAGCAUGAUUAACCAACAGGAUGAAAAUGGCCACUCCCUUCUACAUGUGGUGGCUUUCUGGCAGAUAGGGUUGGAUGGAUAUAGUCGGAGAUUUCAGACUGAAGAUGUGCAUCUCCUUCUGCAGUUUGGAGCUGAUCCUAGUAUUCCCGAUAGAAGGAACAAGUUUCCAACUGACUACCUAAAGAAAAAUAAAAACUUUAAAGCGGUCGAUUUUAUCAGUAGACGUUGCUCAGCAACAGCGGCAGACUCAGUGUUCCAAGAAGCAGCAAACCAGAUGGAGGAGAAUGAAUCUGCUUGUGCAGCUGUCACAUUUGAAGAGGCUGUUGAGCAGUUUAUGCAGUUUUGCAACUUGGGAAGAGAGGAGUCUUGUAAGGAUUUGUUGGCCCAAACUGAAGUCCAGGUAUUUCUACAACAACUGUCCACCCUGACAGAGAUUAACAUGGCCACUUUGUGGAAUGUUGAGUGUAAGGUUGCAAGCAGAUUGAUCAAGCAGCUUCUUCACAGACAUAGAUGGCACGAUGUCUUGCUCUUACUAACUGGGGGAAGCAACGAAAAACAAAGCAAACAGCCUGUUCUGAAAUGUGACCUCUCGGGUCUGGAUCUUUGCCCCAUCAUUGUUAAACUUGACCAGCAAGAGGGCAGAGAAUGGCUUCUGCAGAAUUUAAUAGACCAUGGAGCCCCUCCAUGUGGAGUUGGUACUAAAGAAAGUCCAAUGCAGCUGUCUUUGAAAAAAAAGGACUUCAACCUUGUGCAUCUCUUGCUAAUCAAUGGGGCGAAUCCACAGCAUCUUACUCUCACCCCAGGCGACACACCCCUUCACGCUGCAGUUUGUAUUGUUCUCGACAAAAAAGAUGAGUUUGGUUUGCACAUCCUGAAAUAUCUGUUGGAAAAGUAUAGCUCUGAUGCAAUUACGUUUCCAUAUCUGAAUCCCAGCAGCUCUCAGGAUAAUGAUGGAAAUACCUUGCUGCACAUUAUAUUUCACAAACCCUAUUCUAAAAAUCACGAGGAAAUAAUGGAUCUGAUAGCCAAGUUUGAAAUCAGCAGCAAGAUAAAAAACAAGGAAGGGAAACUAUUUACGUAUAAAAUUAAAAAAGAUGACCCACGGUUUAAUCUGUGGAAUAAAGCAACAUCACGAAAUCGAAAGAAGAGAGAACAAAAUGACCAGAGUCAGAAGUCACGGCCUUCAAAAAGUGUGAAGAAUGCAUUGAGCAGAAAGUGGCCUUCUCACCAGAAGACUGAGUCUUUGGAGAGUUCACAGCCUGACGAGCUGCCUCAGCUUAACGCCUCCUGUGAGGCUUCCUUUCAAGCAGAUGAAACAAGCGUUGCUUUAACUUCAGAAGAAAUCCUAGUGAAUGAAAUUACAAAACUGAUUCAACAACUUAAUGUGAUUGAGACACCAACGGAAGCAAACCCUCCCAAACUACCCUUUUCCAACAGUUUGCUCAGUGAUUCAAUUCAGACUUCGGAGACGAAAGCUCCAGUUCUUGAAACUGGCUCUUUGCAAAAUACUGACAAUAUUGAAUCUGAAAUGUUGAAUGGGACCACAAAACAUUCAAACUGUGGUACGGUGCAGCAAGAUCCAAAACCUGAAGAAGUGACCAAUUUACAAGAUCUGGACUUUGAUAAUAUGGCAUGGGAGAUUGAAUGUACAUCAGAGUUGCUGAAAAAGCUCAGUUGCAGAGACGUCCCUCAGCAAAUGAAAACAAAAACUGUGAAGGUGAUUCAGCAACUUGGCAAUGGAGAAUGGACUCAGAGCCUUCAGAAACCACUCAAGCACCUGAACAGCCCCAUCAAGCUUUAUGAAGCUAAACUUGACAAAGGAGGAAGAAUGCUUUGGGAACUAGCAGUGGACUUUUCACCGCGCUAUAGUGAGAAGCCGGAGGCGAUUUUUGAAUCGGAGCUUUCUUCUCAUCCUCAAGAGAGAGUCACGGGAAGGGUAUACAGUGAGAUUAUUCGAAUUUGGGAUAUCAUCCUGGACCACAAUAAACUCAAACGUGCAUUGGAUAUGAUCUGUAGUUCUUAUGACCGUGGACAAAACUGCAUUCUCCGGAAGACGCUUAAAGGGAUAACCAAAGCUGUGCUUACCUCAAAUUUACAUGUUCAAAAGAGGAUCCCAUUGAUCUUUGUGGAAUGUAUUGAUUGGAAUGAACGAAAAGAAAAAGUGUCUGAAUAUUUCCCACCUGCUAGUGCAGUGGAGACAGAGUAUAACAUAAUGAAGUUCCAUAGCUUUAGCACCAAUAUGGCACUUAACAUCCUUUCUAACCCGGAGUCUAGAGUUGAAUAUCCUUUUCGAGUAGGAGAGUUGGAGUAUGCAAUAAUUGACCUUGUCCCUAAGCCAUUACAAGCAAUCAUUCUGAUUGGGCGAAGUGGAACGGGGAAGACUACUUGCUGUCUCUACCGACUUUGGAAACAUUUCCAAUCCUACUGGGAGAAAACGCAAGUUGGAAACCCCUGGUUGGUGCGACAGGUCUGGCAUAAAAGGAAGAUGGGGCCCAUGGAAGAUGGCGAAAAGGAAGCAGUGGUGAUAAAUGGCAGAACAGAUUGCUCUGAUUCUGUGGAUGGGGAAAAGGAUUUUGAACUUGUGGACCAAAACAAUGAUUUGGAUCAGAAUGGAAUGGCAUUUGAUGAUUAUUGCAAUGAGUUGACCAAUGGCCAUGGAGCUGUGCUGGCGACUUCAGAUGAUGCUGAUAAACUUGAACACCUGCAUCAAGUCUUUGUUACCAAAAACCAUGUCCUGUGCCAGGAAGUCUUGAAAAACUUUAUAGAGCUUAGCAAAUCUACCAAAGCUACAGACCACUUCAGACCCCUAGAGCCUACGCUUUACAGACUUCAGGACGUUAAGGAUGAGAAUUUUCCCCUGUUCAUAACCUCAGAACAAUUGCUGUUGUUAAUUGAUGCAUCCUUGCCAGACCCUUUUUUCCCUCGAAAUGAAGAUGGCAGCCUAAAAAAGACAAUUGUGGGUUGGUCUGUUCAAGAAGAUAUGACAAUACCAGAUUUAGGAGAAGAGGAUGAAGAAGAGGAGUAUGAAGGAGAAUUUCUGGAUGAUGAAUGUAGGGCUACAGAGGGUCAUACCAAAGAAUUUGAUCCUCGUAUUUUUGUGACCUACGAGGUAUUUGUACAUGAUCUUUGGCCCAAAAUGGUAAAAGGCAAAUCUGCUUUUAAUCCAGCUUUAGUGUGGAAAGAGAUCAAGUCCUUUUUGAAGGGUUCUAUUGAAGCUUUAAAUAGUCCUCAAGGUUGCCUCACAGAAGAACAGUACAUUAAAUUGGGAAAGAAGAGAGCACCAAAUUUCCAGGAAGACCGAACUGAAAUCUAUCGCUUCUUCUGCUUGUAUCAGCAGAUAAAAUCACAGUUCAGAUACUUUGAUGAGGAAGAUGUAUUGUACAGCUUAUCACAGCGAUUAUCCAAGUUAGAUGAACUGCCAUGGUCUAUUCACGAAUUGUACGGGGAUGAAAUACAGGAUUUUACCCAAGCAGAGCUUGCUACCCUCAUGAAAUGCAUCAAUGACCCAAAUUCCAUGUUCCUUACUGGUGAUACAGCUCAAAGCAUAAUGAAGGGGGUUGCUUUCCGCUUCAGUGACCUGCGUUCUCUCUUUUAUUAUGCUCACGAUUGUAAUUACAAUGAAAAGAAACAGUGUAAUGUAGUAGUGCCGAGCAGAAUAUACCAGCUGCAUCAGAACUACCGAUCACAUUCAGGAAUCUUGAAUUUGGCCUCUGGUGUAGUGGAUCUUCUCCAGUACUAUUUUCCAGAGUCUUUUGAUCGCUUACCGAGAGACACUGGCCUCUUUGAUGGACCAAAACCUUCCCUGCUGGAGUCCUGUAGUGUCAGUGACUUGGCUAUUUUGCUUAGAGGAAACAAACGGAAAUCCCAGCCAAUAGAAUUUGGUGCUCAUCAGGUUAUUCUGGUUACAAAUGAAAAGGUGAAGGAUACAAUACCAGAAGAGCUUAACCUGGCCCUUGUUCUGACAAUAUAUGAAGCCAAAGGUUUGGAAUUCGAUGAUGUCCUCCUCUAUAAUUUCUUCACAGAUUCUGAGGCUGAUAAGGAAUGGAGGGUCAUCUCCUCUUUUCAACCUUCACCUCAGUCAAAAGACAACUAUGGGCCAUUACUGGAGCAACCAAUGGACGAUACAAUUUCACAAAGCAGGCCCCUUGAAUUCAAUGUGGAACUGCACAAGCUGCUCAAUUGUGAACUCAAACAAUUGUACACAGCCUUCACACGAGCAAGGGUGAACUUGUGGAUCUUUGAUGAAAACAAAGGGAAACGUGAACCAGCCUUCAAGUACUUCAUCAGCAGAGAUUUAGUCAGAGUCGUCAAAACCGAUGAAAACAAAGAGCUUGAUGACAGCAUGUUUGUUAAAAUCUCAACAAUGCAAGAAUGGGCAGAAAGAGGUGACUACUUUGCAAAACAUCAGUGUUGGAAGGUUGCUGCCAAAUGCUACCAGAAAGGUGGGAAUUUGGAAAAAGAGAAACUGGCAGUAGCACACGAUGCCGUUCUCAAUGUACAGGUCAAAAAAAGAAGCCAGAGGGAAAUUCAAAAUGAAUACCUCCAGCUGGCCAAGACUUACCUGGAAUGCAAAGUGCCGAAACUGUCACUGAAGUGCUUAAGAAACGCAAAGGAAUACAAGCUCUGUGCAGAACUACUUGAGAAAUUAGGAAAGGUGGGAGAUGCAGCUUGCUUGUUCAGAAAAGCUCAGUGUUACAGACAGUCUGCGAGAUGCUUUGAGCAAGUGCACAAAUUUGAAUUGGCGCUUAAAACGCUCUGUCGUGGUGAAUUAUACAAUGAAGCUGCUCUGGCUCUCGAAAGAUUUGAAGAGAUUCUUCAUCAAAAGAAUCAGAUUUUCACAAAGCUUCCAUACUCUGCGGAUCAGUUCCGUUUAGAGGCUGCUGCCAUGUAUCUGAGGGAGAACAAGCUCACUGAAAUGAUGGUCUCCUUGUCUUACCUUGACCCUGAAGACCAGCUAGUUUUCCUCAAGUCAAGCAAGUGUUUGUCUCAAGCUGCUGACCUCCUGAAAAAGCAGAAGCGGGAAGAGGAAGCUGCUCUUUUGAUGCGAGAGCAUGGAAAGCUCCAAGAAGCAGCAAGGCUUUCAAACAAGAAGGAGUUUCAAGCUGAGUGCCUUGUUGCUGCAGCCCGAGUGAGUCUACUCAAAGAAAGCAAAGGAGAAGAAAUAGACAAAAAAAGUAUCCAAGAAAUGUUGGACGAAGCGACCCAACUCUUCAAAAUCAGAAAAGGGCAGCCCUCCGAUAUAGCAGAAGCCAUGCUACUGAAAGGCCUUCUAAAUAAAGACACCGAUGUGGUCAGAGACGCUUUUGACAUUUUUGUUCAUGAAAAUAACAGUGCUGGAGCUGUGGAGAGCCUCUUUUUUUUACAACAGAAAGGUACUGAGGCUUUGUCAGAUUUUGGACGAUCACUGACUUGCCUGGAAAUGUUGUUGCAGUUGGUGAAAGCACUCAAGAAUCCCCAGAACAAUGCUGAGAAAGAAAUGGUCAAAGCUUGCUAUGCAUUUUUUGGAAUUUCACCAGUGGAUGCCAAGUAUGGCAGAAUUCCGCUGUAUGAAGGAGUGAGAAUUUUGCAGCUAGAUUUUAACCUAGAUCUAAAUGAAAAGCAAGGCAGCUUCUACAAAUGUGAAAUGAAAAAAGUUAGGAUCUUACUACAGAAGCACUUAUUGCUACACCUUUGUGACUUUGCUGAUAAAAUUAAGUCAGCGGGACAGAGUAUUCCAGAUGUUUGCCCGAAGUUUAUCUGUGGCUUGCGCUGCAAGUCUCCUUCCUGUCAAGAUUAUCAUAGGACUUUGAAAAGGUAUGAAGCAAAAUAUUCAAUUGAAGCCAAGCUGUAUCUGACUGUUCUAAAUGGAAUAUUGCUGGAAGCAAAACAUUCCUAUCCCAAAGAGACUUUUCCAGAAGUUGAGAAAAUUGAAGAUAUUCUCACUGGUGACCCAUAUGCAUUAUGUACCUCUCUGCUGAACGCUUUUUACCCAAAACAUUUUUAUCAGUGGGUUAUAUCCGAGAGCCCUAGAGCUUGCUGGGAUGUCUUGGGAUUAGUGAAGAAGAUUACAUUUCAGAGUUUCCGGUCUGUACUGAGGGACUACAUAACUCAUUGUUUUGAAUAUUCUUCAGAUCAGAAAAGAAGAGAAUCAACAGACUUGUGGGUACAGGCCCAACAGGUUUACCUUCUAACUUGUGACUACCCCAAGAAAAUUGAAGACCUGCUCUCAAAAGAAGAACAAGCAUAUGACUCUGAACGAAAGAAAUGUGAAAAAGGCACAGAUGUUCAAGACAAAAGGAGGAAUCAUGGAGCCCUUAAAGGCAAGCUUGGGAUGUUGAGUACCAACACACUACAUUUAUGUAUUUUCAGGCUUCUAGUUAUGUCUAUGAAGAAUUUUUAUGAAGACUCAGACCCAGAGCAAUGCAUUCACAACUUCUACCGGUUCAUGAAUGUACUUAUUAGGAGAUGUAUUGAUCCCCUCAUCCCAAGUAUAGCCAACACUGUCACUGUGCUUGAAUUUCAGUUUAUUUUAUGUUGUUCCGUCCUUAUGCAUUUCACAAAGAACCUUGUUGUCUGUCUUCCAAGGAGUUUCAUAGCUCUUUUCCAUUACUGGAACUUCAUGUUCAAACCUAAAGGCAAACACAAAAAGCCCAAAGAUGCCUUUGACAUCAUAAAUGAAUACAAGCCAAAGGAUGUGCCCAGACUGAUAAGUAGAAUGAAAAAACAUUUGUCCUACCUGGGCAAAGUCUUGUGUGGUGAGCAGAGCAGAAACUUCAAUGUGCUUUUGGAUGCUUUCAGUGAUCCAGAUUACACUUCAUCAGGAGAGGCGGAAAGGACAGCGGUUCUAUGUGUGGUGAUGUUGAUAAAUGCAAGAUAUGUUCUGGAACCUCAAAUGGAAAAGGUAAUCAGAUGUAACCUCAGAGAGGUACAGAAUAAGUUGAUAAAAAUCAGCCAAGACCAUGGGUCAAAGGUUCCAGCAAGACUCAUUGAUCUUGUUAAAAAUGUUAAUAGAGCACAAGGUGGCAGAGAUGUGGUGAACAGCCUUCAGGAGUUACUGAGUAAGAGAGAUGAUGAGUAUUUGCAUGACUGCAUCUGGAAAUGGGAUCACCACUUUGGCCCUGGUUCAGUGCGGGGUAUUUACUUUCAGAACAUAAAUGCCGAAAGAUUUACUGAUGAAUAUCGAAUAAAAAUCGAUGAAAUUGUACUCAUGCCAGAGGAAGAACAUGGUGCUCCUGAAGUUGCUCAGUACCUUGAAGAAAAAGAUGAUCAUCUCCAGGACAUGGCUUCUGAAUUGCAGAAAGCCAACUUGAGACGGAAAUGGCAACUUUUACUACAUGUAAUUAGUGUGUGCAAAUUCCUGCUAACACUCCCAAUGCAAACAGCUUCAGAAGCUGCCCAAAUGAAGAGAGAGGUUCCCAGCAAUUUCAGAGAGGCUCAAAUCGAUAAGACACAGUGCGAUAUUUGUGGAGUGAAAUUUUCCAGAGGCUCUAAAAGCUAUGCCGACUUUUGUCGAGAGCAAGAAUGUGAAGAGGCUACUAACCAUAUCUCAGAAAACUGGGAAGAGAAUGAAGAUGAAGGAGAAAGUGAAAAUUUAUGCUUGCGUGAAUGCUUUGAAACCCACAUCAGACUUGAAGAGCACAUAAAGAAAGAAGAUGCCUACAAUUCUUAUUUGAUUUACUUCAGAGGAUCUGUGGAGCCUAUCAUGAGCAAAGGCAGAAAUAUGCUGUACCAUCUUGAGGAAAUGGCGACAGAUCACCUGACAUCUAAAGCACUAUCAAAAGUGAUAUAUGGAAAACUGCAGAGCAAUAUUGAUGUAAUUGUCAAUUUAAUAGACAAUAUCUACAACCACAAGACCUGGGUAAAAGGUGAGGAAAUAUUGUCACAGAAAAUUGCCACGCUUCAGGAGAUUGUAAAUAAAGCUGACAUAAAGCAGAAGCAAGCCCUCUGCCUGACUGAUGAUGGAGUUGAAGCUAACCAGAAUGCAACUUAUUUUGAAGAAGGCUUAGAAGAUGGACAAGAAAACUUCGAUGAAUUACGCUCCAGGAAAAAAAGAAAGGAUGCCAAAAGAAAGCGAAAACACUAGCUUGGAACCAAGCUUUACAGUGGGUGGGGGAGGAGGGAGCGGGUGUAUAGGAGAAGAUCAGAAUUUCACUGAAUACCAGCUUUCAUAUAUCAGUUAUAUCUCUGAUCAUACUGAUUGAAUGUUAACACAUCAUUCUGCAUUUUCCAAUAGUCACAUACUUGGAUAAUUGUUAAGUCUCUUUAUUCCCCUACUUUUUAACCAAUUUAACGUCCACAUCAGAUGAGCCCUUCACAAAGACCAGCUUUUUGAAACUGUUUAAAAUAUUGACAAUAUGAUGUGUCUCUUUUCUAAGACAGUAUGGUUAUUUUCCCAUUUCUUUUACAACAAAUUCAUUUUUUUCCAUAAUUUGAUAAUUGUCUUGACCUUGGGAUCAGAAAAACACAAUCAACCUAUUUAUAUCAAUAUAUUUUGCAUCCUUGAAACAGAGGUGCUGUUGUUCAGAUUGAAGGAGAUUUUGCUGAUAUGAGCUGGUGGAACUUCUGGGCUGCAAGACUUGCCCAUUGCGUCUUUUAACCAGAACUGUUGAUGUGGUAUUGCAUGCUUACUGUACAAAAUCAUCUUGGAGAUGUAACCAGAAGGUCAUUUUUAACUUUGAUUUUUUUAAAGUAGGGAACUGAUCUUUCCUCAAAUUCUUACUCAGUGUCUUACCACUGAAUGACACUGCCUCCCAGUGGUAGUACAGAGCUGAUGUUUUCUGGUUGUUUUUAUUUAUCAUGACAAUUGCACCUCAAUUUACAGGACGCUGUUGAAUUUGAAAUAUUACAUUGAUUUGUUGGUAUACAAAAAUAAUUCAAAGAUGAAAGCAUUGUAAGAUGAUUGUAAUAUUUAAUUUACCUAUGUGAAUUUAGUUUAUCUGUAUUUUUCAUGAAGUUAAACAAUUUGUUUCAAGAUUUAAUGGAUUUUUUUUGCUUGCAUUUGCAGUACUUGUUUACAGAUACACGCUUACUUUGGACCAAUUUUUUUUUCACUAAAAUCGACUUUAGCUUAUUCUCUUAAACGAAAUGUAAAAAAGGCAUUUGCAGCCUACUAUUAAUACAAAGUUACGUUUUGAUCGAUGGAGGGGUGGGGGGAAUAUCUGUAUUACUCAGUAAUUUGAAUUCAGCAAUUCAUAGAGCCAACAUGAGGCAAUUUUUUUUGCUGUUGCAAGAUUUGAAUUUGAAUUAACAGCUUGAAUGAUGCUGUUUUGAAUUGGGUAGACAAAACAGUAAAAAUUGAUUGAUACAGAUAAGAAAAUCCUUCCAAAUAAUGGACUUUUGUUGAAGGUUUGAAACUUUUUUAAGAAUGAUCCGCAGAUUGUGAAAUUUCUAAUCUACGAUGGUUUAAGAGUUUAGGGGGGUUUUUUUUAGCAAUUUUAUUCAUUAUUAUUGAAAUAAGAAACUGUCAAGACGGCAGAUGCACACACAUCUUAUCAGUUUCUUGACAUUUGAAAUUAACUGUAACCAAACUGAAUAAUUUGAAACCAACGCCGUCAGGAUUGCAUUGUUUGCUCUGCAAGAAGCUGCCUUCCAAGAUUAAAAUAAUUCUGUACAGCAUGUGAAAUUUCCUUUGUUCUUGGAAAAAGUCUAGUUUUAAGGACAAAGGAAUGAACAAAUACAUUGCUGAGUUGCGCAUGUAGGUUACAAUAUGUAUAUUUUAAAUUUUACCAAUUGAUUUUUUUCUAGAAAAUUGUGUGUAUUGUAAUGUUUUACCAAUUGACUGAAGCUUUAGUUUUUCUAGACACAUGACUUUGAAGAGUACUAAAGGAGAACCUGGUCUCAAUCAUUAUUUUUACUGAGAUGCCUUUUCUGGCAUCAAGUUUGUAAUAAUUGUUCUAAGAAUUCCUGUGUUUUUUGGUCUGUAUUACUGAAGUAAAUCAUUUUCCACACUG